CCUGUGUGUGCAGUUGUGUUUCUGCGCUCGGUUUUCCUUCCCCGAGCUUGUCAGUCAGUCGGCUUCUUCAUCUCCUUAUUCGGUUCCUUUUGUAGCCAUGUGCACGGAACGUGAAAAGUGCUGAGUUUACAAACAGAAAAGUCAACAUUUUCACUCUUUUUUUUUUUAUUUUUUUUUUUUUAUUUUAUUCGGACCUGCGCGCUUGUCGUUUGGGGAUUUAACGCGCGCGAGCUGUCAGAACUGGAAGUAGAGCGCGCGCGGCGACCGCAAACAACACCGGACACACACACACACACACACAUAGGAGAGAGACUUUAAAGCAUAAAGGCAUAAAGCAAUAUAGAACUGUUUUCUCUCUCGCUCUCGCUCUCUCUCUCUUUCUCUCUCUCUCUCUCUCUUUUUCUCUCUUGCUUUCUUUUUUUUUUUCUUAUUGGAUUACCGGUUGCACAGCAACGGAGACCCGUGAUAAAUCUGGAUGUCGUAGUUAAGGUCUAUCAAAUGAUCCAGGCAUGGAGUCCAAAAGAUACCAAAGUAUUUACGAAGGUACAGACAGAGAAAACAGAUGGGCCCAGAUGCCAGGAUCUAUUGAGCAGUGCUGCACAACAGAGGAGGAGAGAGCUCUGAUGAACAGUGAUGUCCUGAUGGACAUUGUAAAUGCAAGUAAUGCAUCCAGUGUCCCUGCUCCAAAGUGCAAGGAAAGUGGAGGAAAAAAGGCCGAGAUGCCAGUUCCCCAGCUCAAUCCUGACCAGCAGCUCAGCUUCCCUGCAUAUAAUAACUCCAUUCAUGGCCGCAAGCCGGAAGACUCUAAAGAGCUUUCCAAAACUGUUGCUGAGUCUAUGGGCUUGUAUAUGAAUGCUGCCAGGGAGGCUGAAUUUGCCUUUGGCCAGCAGGGACCACCUGCCAAAUGCCAAGACAGCCCUGGAAAACUUUACCCUUUGUGUGGCAGAGGGAUCAAGGACAAUCAGUCAGGGACUACUAGGAGCCCGAAAAUAAAAGCUGCUCCAACAUUAUUUCCAACCAUGUCCCAGUUACCUAAUGGUAGCCUUGGUGAGUGUGGUGUAGGCACUGUGCCAACACCUUCCACCUUGAACACAGUUUUGUCCAGCCCUGCUGAAGAAUCCAGCAGUAUUUCCAGCCCAAAUGGAAAUAACAUUGUGACUUCCACCACCAGUCCCACCUACUUUGGCACUAGCCACCCUUCCUUAGGCAGUCCAGCCAGUCUGGGUCCAGUUGCUUCAGGUCUGGCACCAACUCAACGUGUCAACUCAAGCACCUGCAGCCCAACAGAAUCUAGCACUAUGGGCACUCCACCACUAGCAAGCCCCUUUAACGUGAUGAAAUCACCUAUCUCAAGUCCACAGAGCAUGGGAAGCGUUCGGACACCGCUGUCCUGCAGCACCAACAUGAGGUCAUCUGUGUCCAGUCCCACAGGAAGUGGUGGCAACUUGAGGCCUUCUGGGUCUAGUCCACCCACAGUUGGUUCCAUGGCUUUGUCCAGUCCGAGGAACCCUUCCCGGACAUUUUCUGCCUCAAGCCCUCCCAGUAGUCUUGGCUUAGUUCAGAAUGACAUCCACAGCCCUGAUGGCCAAGAGCAUGACUUUAAAGACUUCAAGUUCCCCAAAGUGGAGAGCUUGGAUGGGGAAAUAUUUAAUGUUGGCCUGGACUCCAUGGGGAUGGUCAAGUACAUCAAAAAUGAGCCAGACACUGAUUACAGGAGUAUGUGUCUGGGCAAUAGCAAUGGCAGUGCGCCCCCUUUGCCAUUUACAUCUCAUAUUAAGACUGAGCCCAACAGUGAAGCAACUUGCACCAAUGCACACUAUGGGGAACCCCAGCAGCCAAUGGGGCUCUUCCCAGCUUCAGAGACUACAUACUUGUCCUUGAGGGAUAAUAUUGAUGAAUACAGCCUCUCUGGGAUUCUGGGACCUCCUAUUUCUUCUCUUAAUGGCAACUAUGAGUUUGGUGUGUUUCCAAACAAUGACAUGCCCAAGGGGAUUAAACAGGAGCCCAAUGAUGGCAGCUAUUACCAAGAGAAUAAUAAUGUGCCCUCAUCAGCUAUUGUCGGUGUUAAUUCAGGUGGACAUUCAUUUCAUUACCAGAUCGGAGCACAAGGAACAAUGUCGUUUUCGCGGCAUGACAUGCGGGACCAGACAAACUCCUUGUUGAAUCUAAUUUCUCCAGUUACAGCGCUAAUGGAGACAUGGAAAACACGCCCAGGCCUGUCGCAGGCUCAACUGUCCGCCUGCGGGGAGGGCUACCCAGCUCCAGGCUGCGUCUCUGACACCAUGGCAAGCGCUCCUUUAAGACACUCAUCCUCCACGGCUAAGGUGUGUUUGGUGUGCGGGGACGAGGCGUCCGGGUGCCACUACGGCGUCGUCACCUGCGGCAGCUGCAAAGUCUUCUUCAAGAGAGCGGUGGAAGGUCAGCACAACUACCUGUGCGCUGGAAGGAACGACUGCAUCAUCGACAAAAUCCGACGGAAGAACUGUCCGGCUUGCCGGGUACGAAAGUGUCUGCAGGCAGGGAUGAAUCUCGGAGCACGCAAAUCGAAGAAGCUGGGCAAGCUGAAGAGCGUCAGCGAGGACUCGUCUCUUCAGAACUCAGAGAAGGAGCUGAGCUCGAAUAUGGCUCUGGUUCCUCACAGUGCCUCUGUGGCUCCCUUCCUCUCUCCGUCUGUGUGCAGCGUGCUGGAGCUCAUUGAGCCUGAGGUGGUGUUCGCAGGUUAUGAUAACACACAGCCUGACACCACCGAUCACCUCCUCACCAGCCUCAACAAACUUGCCGGCAAGCAGAUGGUGCGUGUUGUCAAGUGGGCCAAAGUACUUCCAGGUUUCCGCUCAUUGCCUAUCGAGGACCAAAUCACACUUAUCCAGUACUCGUGGAUGUGUCUUUCCUCGUUCUCGCUUAGUUGGAGAUCGUACAAACACACCAACGCCCAGAUGCUCUACUUCGCCCCGGACCUCGUCUUCAACGAGGAGCGGAUGCACCAGUCGGCCAUGUACGACCUGUGUGUGAGCAUGAAGCAGGUCAGUCAGGAGUUUGUCCGUCUGCAGCUCACCUACGAAGAGUUCCUGGCCAUGAAGGUUCUGCUGCUCCUCAGCACGGUGCCCAAGGAUGGCCUGAAGAACCAGGCGGCGUUUGAGGAGAUGAGGGUGAACUACAUCAAGGAGCUGCGACGUUCGGUGGGCAAAGCAACAAACAACUCGGGACAGACAUGGCAGCGCUUCUUCCAGCUCACCAAGCUACUGGAUGCCAUGCAUGAUCUGGUGGGAAACUUGUUGGACUUCUGCUUUUACACCUUCCGUGAGUCUCAGGCUCUGAAGGUGGAGUUUCCUGAGAUGCUGGUAGAGAUCAUCAGUGACCAGAUACCAAAGGUGGAGUCGGGCCUCACGCACAUCCUUUACUUUCACAAGAAGUGACGAAAGAUGGGGAAAAAAAAAGGACAAGCGACAAAGAGACGAAGGAACGAAUAAAGAAUGAUGAAGAGGACACGAAAAGCCUCAGAAAGAGGGGAAGAAAGACAGAACGAGAUGGAGAAAGAGAAGGCACAUGUGGGCCAGGCCAGCUUGCUAUGCACAACGUCAGGCACGAAAGGCUCCGAUGUACGUACGCUAAACUCAACCCACCCCGAUCCCUCACCCCCUACCCCGACCCCCACGCCAGGACAGAUGCAGAGACACACACAGAGAGAGAGAAAGAAAGAAAGAAAGAAAGAAAGAAAGAGAGAUACGCGGCGAAAGAAAGAGAAUGAGACGAGUUGUCUAGUUAUCUGUAGCCAGCCAGUGAACUUUUAGAGUUCCUUUCUCUUUGCCCCCAAAGACAAUGCUGACUAUCUAUGGAUAUGAAGCCAUAUGUUUCUUUGGUAAAGCUGUAGUGCACAGGUACAAGUGUAUAAAUAAUACUGAAACACAGUGGUAUACGGAGACACGGUAACGUCCUUGCAUCUACACGCUACAGUACACACAUCCAGUACAGUCCAUCCUGCAAUCAAAUCCUGAGGCAUUUCUAUCAUUUAACUCAUCUCAACACUACACACAUACUCUUUGGAUUUACAAUUUACAAAAAAAGAAGAAAAAAAACAAACUCAAAAAAAAAAAAAAA